UGUCAUCAGGUGCAGUGCAUCAGUGCGUGAAGAGUGCAUUCUUCAGGGUGUUUGUGUUAUUUUUAAUUUUCUGAUGAAAUUUUUACUAAUCCCAAAAAGUGCUACAAAUAUUGAGCUUAAUUCUUAACAAUUUAUACGUUUCUGUCCGUGGUGCGUGUGUGCCUUAUGAAAAAAAGUGUCCACGGGCAAGGACUACCAUCCGACGAAGCGAAGACAAACAAACACCAGCACAGCCAGGAGCAAGGAAGGGAGGAGCGGUUCGAAGCGGUGAUAAGGAAACGGACGAAUCCGGGUGGACAAAUCAGCCUGGCAGCAAGAAGGGAACCGAGUUCAGUUCGGUCAGUCAGUUUAGUUUGUUCAAGCUGUUCAUCUCGUUUGGGUGUCGUCUCGGUCGAAGUGCUCUGUGUUCGGAAUAAUAUCCGCGGAAUCGAGAGUGGAAGUGCCUUAUCAGUUUAAUAUAGCUAACAACAAUCGUCGGUGUGUGCCUUCGGUUCUUUUUUUUUUCGGUCCACUGCCAUCACAACCAUUAUUGGUCCUCGGAGAAUGUAAUCUAAUCUUCUCGGUCUCAGGCAGGCAGGCAGAAUCGUUCCGUUUGAAAGCCUGAAUCUUAUCGGGUGCCAACACCGACCCCUCGAGCUUCAAUCUGUGUGCAGCAGAAGCAGCUGAUAUAUUUUAGUGUCGUGUGGUGAAAUUUUAAAUUCUCGGCGGUAGAAGAUUGAAUCCCUGAAGGCUGAGCAAAGAGAAAGAAGGAUAUAGGAUACAGCACAGAAACUGCAUGCGUUCAAGUUCCCGAUGUUCAAGGCAACAUACUUUGGGCGGACAUUCGCAGGUUGCAAAAAUGUACUCCAAGGUGUCGUAACUUCCCGCACAUUCGGAACGAACCCCAAGGCAAAGCUACGUAAAGUAUUGGUUGUGUCGAAACUAACGCGACUAGAGUUCGAGAAAACCCGGGACCAGGCCCUCAGCGAUGAAAGGCUGGAGCAUAAAAUUCGCAACCGUGGCUCGGACUACGAUGCGAUGAAAUACUACCACCACCUGCACAAGGACGUGGAGGCCGAGGUGGUGAAAUCAUUCCGCGAACAAGGAAUCGAGGUGAAGGUCGUCACACGACUAACUAUCAAUAAGCAGCUGCUGCGAUGGGCCGACAUGCUGGUGCCAGUCGGAGGUGAUGGAACGUUCCUUUUGGCAGCCGGCCGAGCCAGUCCGUUCAUAUUGAACGGACCGACCAAGAUGCCCGUGGUGGGAUUCAAUUCGGACCCCAGGCGAUCCGAGGGAAGGCUAAUGCUUCCUAAGCACUAUUCCAGCAACGUAGAAGAAGCCGUAAAACGAAUCAUUUCCGGCGAUUUCAAUUGGAUGCAUCGAUCGAGAAUCCGGAUAACGCUGAUAGGGUCGACUACGACGGAACGGCCACCGCCCAUCGAUCUACAUGAGUACAACGUGGCCCAGGUGGAACACAAGGACGUGAUCAAUGGCUCCGAGGAGGGCAGCAACAAUAGAAUUCUACCGUACUUAGCGUUGAACGAGGUCUUCAUAGGGGAAAUGCUGUCGGCGCGAGUUUCCCACCUUCACCUACGGAUCGACAAAUCCGACGUGGUUACGAAAACCAAGAGUUCGGGGCUGUGCGUCAGUACGGGCACCGGGUCCACCUCGUGGCUAACGAGCAUGAAUCGCCUCUCGACGAACAACGUAAAGGACCUCAUCGAGAUCAUCAAGCGGCGAUCGAAGUCCAGCGCGCUGGAGGGAAUCGAUCCGGCGGCAGUGUCCGAGGAGUACAAUCAGAAUCUGGUCUACCCGCCGGACGACCCGCGGCUGUGCUACUCGAUACGGGAGCAGAUCUGCGUGGGGGUGUGGCCCAACCCCAAGGGACUGGAAUCGAGGGGAUUUGCCAAGCAAAUCACAGUCAAGUCCAGGUGCAUUGAUGCAAGCUUAGUGAUAGAUGGCAGUAUUGCGUACAAUUUCAACGAUGGAGCAAAGGCGCUACUCGAGGUGCACCCGGAGGACGCGUUGCUGACCAUCGACAUGAAAUGAAGCUACGAUUUAUCCAUCUUAAUAGGGUUUAAGGUACAGAAAGUGCAACCAACACAGACUGCUGGUGAGAUUGAGCAGCUAGCUAAUACGAGAUGCAAUUACAUUUUUUUUUCCGCGUGUCGGAAAAAACAAUUGUGCACAAGUCAACUGAUAGAAAAAAAAAGAUUAGACGUCAUUUUGAUAUCCUUUUCGUUAUCAUAUUAUCAUGUUUUUAAGUUAUUGUUAGUGUAAUUUUACAAAUGGAGGAUCAUGCAUUUAUUUAUCGCCGCCGACCAAACGAAAGUGCUGAAAUAUACAAGUAUAAAGUGAG